GGUGGUAGCAUUAUAAACAUAGUACAAGUGAAUGAAGGCGGAGACAUAUAGUUUGUGGCAGGUAUAACGCGUAAGUGGGUGCCGAAGCAUUUUAAAUAUAUAUUUUAUUCUGUUGUUGAAAAUAGAAAUAUCAAACAACAUGCCUACGUACGAAAUGCCAAUAUUGUUACGUAUUAUGAGAAAGCCAGAUUCUGUAGAAACUUUAAAGAGAGUGGCAAAUUCAAUAUUUAAAACUGGUGGCUUUAUUAGGAAAAUUGAAAACUGGGGAGAAAAAAAUCUUCCAUAUAAAAUAAGUAAUCAUGGCACAGUUUUUAAACAAGCUGGAUAUUUUUGGUUCUGUUUUGAUGUUCCUCCUUCGUCAUUGAAAGAUCUUAUGGACGAGUACCAAAGAGAUGUAGAUAUAGUUAAAACGACAAUAUUUAAAACCAUUCAGCCAAAAGAGCAGAGCUGUACAUUACAGGAAGAGCUAUUACCUCCACCUUAUAGAUCUAAUGUAGCAGAAAUAUUAGAAAAAUACAAGAAAACUAAAGACAAAAGUACAUAUAAAAUGAAUACUGGAUUUGAUUACUAUCCCUUUUCAAGAUAAGUUGUUUAGUCAUUUCUAUAUAUUAUAUAAUAUAGAUUGUAUAUAUUGCUCAUAAAUAAAGCAUUUACAAAUGAA